AUGAGUAGCCUCACGGAGGAAAUCAAGAUUAUAAUCGUGGGCGGCGGCAUUGCAGGUCUAGCAAGCGCCAUAGCUCUGCGUUCGCCCAGACAUCGCAUAACUAUCCUCGAACGAUCACGCAUGCUUCGAGAGACCGGGGCCCUGAUCAGCCUGCAGCCCAAUGCGACCAAGAUCGUCAACUCUUGGGACAUAUCGUCCUUCCUUGAGCCCUGCCAGCCCAUGGUCGACAAAGCCUUCCGGCUAUUCGACGUGAGUGGCAAAUUAGUCAAUGAGGUGCACCUCGACACGUCCAUGUUCGGCGCCGACCGCAUCCUGUACCACCGGCAGGACCUACACUCCGCGCUUUUACAGGCCGCAACCUCCCCCAAGCUGCCAGGACCACCGGCCGAGGUGCUCACUGGGAAGAAGAUAUCAAGCUGCGAUCCCGAGGCAGGGCUAGUCCGAACGGAGGAUGGCGAGGAAUACGUGGGUGAUGUCGUUGUCGGCGCUGACGGCAUCCACUCGGUCCUCCGCAACUCCAUCGUAGGCGAGCCCCGCGCAGCAAUACCUACGGGUAUCAGCGCGUAUCGCGUGCUCCUGCCUGUCGAGCAGCUUGCCGGCAUCGACAUCCCUAAGCAUAUCCUGGACCCGUCGAACCCGGUAACAACGAUGGUCGUGGGUCAUGACCGACGCGUGAUCAUGGGGCCAGGGCGUGGAGGCUCUGUUUUUGGCAUCGUGGCCCUCGUACCCGAUAGUCUGGCGCAGGGGGAGUCUGCGGCUGAUUCUUGGGUGGCCCCCGGCUCAGUACCGGCACUGCUGGAGGCAUACAAGGAUUUCCCAGAGUGGAUGUUGGAGAUCUUCAGGCGAGCCCCUGAUGUGGCUCUUUGGCAACUCCGCGACAUUGAUCCGCUGCCAACCUGGGUGCGCGGGCGCGCCAUCCUCAUUGGUGAUGCAGCACAUGCCAUGCUUCCGACUCAAGGCCAAGGCGCGUCGCAGAGCAUCGAAGACGCGGAGGCUCUAGCAGCAUAUCUGGUCGACCUGCCCGCUGGUGCAUCUGGUGGUCAAGUCAAUGAAGUUCUAAGAGAAAUAUUCGAUGCACGAUACGAGCGAGCAAGCCUGAUACAAAAAUACAGUCGCCAGCAGGCGCGGCCCGGGACAGACGCGAACUCCAACGAGGUAAAGCUCAACCCAGGACAGUUUAUGAAGUACAACUGUGCGUACGAAGGUGCGAAGAAGUGGGCAGAAACUGUGAAGGGAGCUGAAACCUAA